AUGGAGAGUGAUAUCCGCGAUCAGCCAACCGCUCCCUCUCGAUUCAUGCAGUUCCUAGCAAUAGUAAGUUUAAUUUUUGUUGUUUAUCUCUGUUUUAGGUAAGUUCGAAUGGUUUUUGAUGGUUUAGAGAUGAAGAAAUUUAAACAUUGACGCUUUUUCUGUGUAGACCAAUACUUUGCGCUGAAUGUCUCAAAAAACUUUCGAUAUUUUUUUUCGUUGAGGUCCAGCAUUUUAUUGUUUAUCGCAGCUUUGCUGUUUUAGAAGUAUUAAAUAUUUGAAGUAGCAACGGGGGUUCGAUAUUUUUAUUGCGUGAGAAGGGCAAAUAGUGUUGUUGGGGCGUUUACCUUUUUGUUUUCAGAACUACCAGUAUUACUUGGACAGGCUUACCCCCUAUACCACUGUCCGAUGGGUAAUUGCAAUCAGCUUUGUUUUCCUGUUCUGUUGGAGAAUCUUCCACAUUCAAGGGUUCUACAUUGUUACUUACGCCUUGUUCAUCUAUUAUCUCAACCUUUUCUUACAGUUCUUGUCUCCGAAGAUUGAUCCGGCCUUUGAUUUCGACAGUGAUGGUAAGGAUUAUAUUAUUUUGUGGUUUUUGGUUUUUAGGUACCUUAAAUCAACUGAUUGUUAAUUGCCGAAGAUGGGUAAUGAGCUUUUGUUAAUGUUUUUGUGUUUUAGAUGAAGGACCGGCUCUGCCCAAGAGUAAUAACGAGGAAUUCCGGCCGUUUAUGCGUCGAUUACCCGAGUUCAAGUUCUGGUAAGUGUUUCGUCCUGUGUUGAUAUUGGGAUUUUAGUGUUGGUUAAAUCUAAUGGGCGUACUAUGAUUACUCUUUUUGUUUAUGAGUUUCUCUUGUUUUGCUGGGUGACCUGGCACCUUUCCGUUGUAUUUUUAGUAAGACGGUGGUAUAAUUUCAGGUUGAGUACGAUGAAAUCAACUGCAUUUGCCAUCUCACUGACGUUCUUCGAUAUCUUUGAUGUGCCAGUAUUCUGGCCGAUCUUGGUCAUGUACUUCUUCUUCUUGACCUUCCUCACGUUGAAGAGACAAAUUAUGGUAAGCAUAGAUAACAUAUUAUUUUCGAGAUUUUGGGACUUUUAUUUGUUUCAUCAGAUUUUGUAUAUAAUCCCGGUCUAAUUUCAGCACAUGAUAAAGUACCGCUACAUUCCGUUCACCUUCGGCAAACCUCGACCGGGCGCAUCGGGCAAAGUUGUUUUAGGCUGAUCACGCCUCAACUGACGAUCCCCAUUUUCAGCAUCACCAAGCCAAUCGGGUCGCACCAGCCGAGCCAUCUCCCCUGCUCCAGCCCCAAGUUGUUCCCAAUCCAGUCCCCGCCUACCAACCUCCCCCUCCCCAAAUCUUUAAACCCACUAUCCCUCCCCCCACUUUGUAA